AUGGAAGCGUUACUUCACCAGAUUGUCCUCGAGGAACAAGCGAAAAUGAUUCAAUUAGGAUUCAUCGAGACAUUUAUUCCAUCAUUUACGAAUCCUGCACAUUGUAGUAUCUUUAUGAGUGCCAAUUGGCACAUUUGUCGUCGUUUAUUACUUGUUAUUGUGAGUGGAAAUGGGAUUCAACCGGGUAUUUGGAGUCGAUCACUUGUAUUAGAAGCAAUUGAGACACCAAAUCAAUAUCGUUCUGGUUCAAUGCUUCCUUAUUUACAUACAGCAUUAUCAAAAGGUUAUGGUGUUGUUGUGAUGAAUCCAAGUACAAAUACAGUCACUGGAGAGCGAAUGGAAAAAAUACCGAUUCCAUCGUCCAGUACACCUGAAUUACAUGUACAAUAUGUAUGGGAAACCUAUGGCAUUCGUGCAUCGUGUUCACAGGUUUAUAUUGCUGCCUAUGGACGUGGUGGAGCAUUAACAAAACAUUUAGUCUGUACCCAACCAGUUUUACGAGCAAAGUUAGCAGCAAUUGCAUUCAUUGAAUCAAGUCAUCGAGUGAAAAUGGAUGAUACGGAAGAAGUUCGAGGAUUAUUAGGUACACGAGCAAUUAAUUGGCAACGAUCGAAGGAAAGUCCGGGGACACAAUUACAAGAUUGUACACAAUUAGGAUGUUUAAGUCUCUCUGCAGGCGAACCAACAUCACCAGUUGAACAACGAUCGUCUAAUACAGCGUGGACAAUUGCAGCAAGUAUGAACACAGUGUUUGCAUUUUUUGAUAGUGCACGAGGUUCAAUGCCAGAUGAACGAGCAGAGGAUGAACUGAUGGACGAAAUGAGUCGGUUAUCGCAAUAUGCGUAUGCUGGUGCAGCAGCUAUGUCGUCAGCGCCACAUCAACACGAGCAUUUAGAGGAUGCAGAGUUUCAUCAAGAAGAGGUGAAUAGCUAUGGGAAUUAUUUGGGACAUUUGCACGGCAGCCGUGCACGGACUAGUAGCGCAGCGCUUAUUGCCAACUUGCAGUAUGUACCGAAUGUCUUUAAACAGCAGGAAGUAGCAGAUUCGCCUGUGGUGGGUGUGCUGAGCUCGUCUACUGGAUCUGGCAUCAUGGCAAUGCAUUUCGAUGACUUCAGUUAUAUGGGCAGCGACAUUAUUGGCUCUCGGCGCACAUCAGUUUUUCGCGACAGCGACAUAAAGAUGGAACUUGGUGAGUAG